AUGCAUCAGAAUCCUUGCGCUCUCGCGCUUCCGCUGCGUGUGCCUGCAGAUGAUAAUGCCCUGCUCAAGGCUAUUCAAAAUAUGGGGGACGGACUGCCUGCAUCAGCGUCUUCGGACCUAGUUCAGACUAUCGAGAGGUACAGUGCUUUGCGUACGGAUGUUAAAAACAUGGACUCGCUUAAAGAGGCGUACUCUUUGGCGUUGCCGUUGGCCAAACAGCUUCCGUGGGCAUCGAAGGAGUUCAAAGAGCUAAUUUCACAACAUAGUCAUCACUGGAUAUUCGAAGAAGCUGCCGCUACAGGCGAGGCAACGUCGUUCCUAGAGCCGCUUAUGAUCGAUGUCGUUAACAUUCUGUAUAAUCUGGGGGUCUUGUUGGCCCGCCAGGCGUCGAGUCCAGAUCAGAAGGAAAACGUUCUGAGUCUCUUCGCACAGGCUGCAAAUCUUUUUGAAAAGGCGUCAGAGAUAGUUUCGGAGAUUCAGCCACUUGCCGACUCGUCCGGCUGUGACUUUGUCGAUCGCAACUACCUGAUGGCGAUUCUCCACACUGUCAGGGGCUGCGGAUACGAAUCUGAAGUCUCGAGGUACGUCGCAGCGAAAGGAGCUCCAGCUUUGAUAGCUCAAGAAGCGGCAAAGGCACAUCGCAACUUUACUCAUGCAACGGAGUUUUUCGAUAAGCUCUCGGAAGCCACGGACGUUUACUAUGGACUCUGGUACACCGCUCUUUUUAAGAAGCACUACUAUGAAGUUGUUGCUAGGUAUCACAUCAGUCAGUAUUCUACUCCGGAUAAUGCGUUAAAGGAGAUUGCUGAAGCGGUUUCUCUUUUAGAAGGGCUGAAAGAGAGACUAUCUGCGUUAGAGUCGCUUCCCUCUUAUGGGGAUGCACAGAAGUCUUAUGAAGACAUUAAAAAACUUGUUGGAACAGGAGGAAAGAAGAAGCCAUCCGCUGCAGCCCAGCUUCAAGAGAUUGAUAAGUUGGGUGUCUGUCUUUCUGAUAAGACCGAGUAUACAUAUGAACUGCCGAGUGUGUAUAUUCCUUCUGCCGGCCGUGUGAUGUCUGAGUAUUCCGACGCCAAUGCUCUUCAAUUGAAGGUUAUUGAUUUAGAGGGAAAGCUGGCAGAGCUGAAGCGUUUACGAGAUGCCCAUGAGGAGGAGAUAAGGCAACUGAAGAUUGAGCUAGAGGAUGCACGCGCCCAGCCACCUGUGGUCAAGCCGGAGGUUCCCCCAGAAGAGGAAACAUCUACCUCUAAAGCCAAGAAGGGGUCUGCAAAAGAAGACAAAAAGCGCGGAGAUAAGACUAGUGCUAAGACUAGUGCAAAAACCAGUGCAAAGACAAGCAGAAGAGGUAGCAUCAGAGGUGGAGAGCCCUCUGAAACGCCCAAUCCUGACUCUAUCACUGCUCAGCUUCCUGUCUUGGCAGAAAGAAUGCUUCCGCUUACUACGGAGAGCGCACCAGACUUCGGGCCAUUGCUUAAAGCGCGCGACAUUGAGAUUGAGAGACUUCGCUCUCUCUGUGAAGUCUUCUUCGAACAGUCGUACCAGCAAUCUCUAAAGGCUGCUGCUCCAGUUCCCACUCUUCUGCUAGAAGCCAAGGAGGGCGUACAAGAAUCACCUGCUCUAUCAGCACCUGCAUCGGUGAAGAGUAAGGCCUCUAAAUCAGAACAUGGGAAGAAAGAUAGGAAGAAAGGAACAGAGUCAUCCGACACUUCUAUUGCGGAGACCCCUGCCGAGGAGCAGAAGCCAGUUCCUGCUGUCCCUGUUCAGAGCGGACUUUCUGAUGAGGAAAGGGAAGCAUUGAAAGUCCAAAUUCAGGAACGUGAUGACGAGAUAGCGAAACUGAAGGAGCAGCUUCAUGCCACGUCAACGGGUCAAGUCUCCACACCAAAUCAGGCGGCAUCUGUCACACCGUCAGCACCUCUGUCUGCUCGUGGGAAAGCGUCCAAGUCAAAGGCAGAUAAGAACGACAAAGCGGACAAAACAAAGAAGGGUAAGAAGAAAGGGGAGGCGUCUGAGGCCUCCGAUACCCCUGCGUCCGCAACGGCAUCGCAGAUUGCUGCUGAGGACGUUCAGCAAGCACCCAUACCGGCAAAGCCCAUCGAAAUCCUGGAUGCUGAUGAAGUUUCUAAGGCCCGCGAGGCUCUAGAACAGGAAUUGGUUGACAUGCAUGCGAGAACUGCAGAGCUAGAAUCACAGCUUAAGGAUGCACAGGAUGCCCUUCUGAAGACUGCCAGUCACAUAGUUCCCCAGGAUCCCCUCCCGUCCUCUGAUUUGAUAGCCCAAAAGGAUCAGGAAAUAGAACGUCUGCGUGCUUGCAUUGCAAAUUUGGGCGAUCAGGCGAUAGAGCGUGCGAGGAAUGGAGCAGGCGACGGCGUUGACUAUGAGCAGUUGUUUAAGGAGCGCGAGUGCGAAGUAGAACGGCUCCGAAAGCUUCUAGUGUCUCGGGACUUAGAAAUUAAGAGGUUAAAGAACAGUCCAGGCUCAGAUAGCCUUCAGCAAUUGCAAAAGACCGAGAUAGACCGUCUCCGCGGAGAAUUACGGGCCAAAGAUAAACUGGUUGAUAGGCUGAAGCAAUCCAUUGCCAGUCAGGAAACAGCUUUUACGUGUCUUCGAAGUACCGUUGAAGAGAAAGAUAAAGAAACAGCUAACUUGCGCAUGGCCAUAAAGUCUCAGGAUCAGCAGAUGAAGAGCCUAUUGAGUACGGCUACAUACAACUCUACUCGGGAGGGAACCAUGUAUUUACCGUCAGCUAACACGGCAUCGUUACCACAGUCAUCUAAGACAGAGCUUGACAAUAUCAGAGAAGAGCUUCGUGAUAAGAAGAGGGAGGUGGCAAAGCUGCGUGAUGCCCUGAUGAACUCUCUGGACUCUUCAGCGAUUGACUCCGUUCUCCAGGCGGAGAUUGAGCAGCUGAAGAAUGAGCUACAAGCCAGGGACAAAACUAUAGUGGCCCUGACAGCCAGAAUUAAUAUGUUGGAUGCCGAUCUACCGUGA